UGUCAGCAAUCGAGCAAAACAGACUUCCACAGCAAGCCUAGAGAUGGCUCUCCCCAUUCGUUACUUUUAUUUUCAUCACAUUCCAUGUUACACCAAACUGUACACACCACACACCUCUCACACAUACACGCGACGCAUCCAGGAUGCAGCUCAGCCAAAAUUUGGUUCUGUUGGUCAUUCUAUGUGGCAUGGUGAUGCCGAUGGAUGUGGCAGGAAGAUCGGUGCCAGUGGAGGAGCCGCUCUCAGAUGGCCCCAUAGCGAAGUCGGCACCUGACACCGAAAUCGUCCAGCUUAGACACAUCAAGCGGCAGGCUGAUAGUGUCCCCUCCAUGCCGAUGGACCUGCAAACAAAGCAUUCACCCUGCGACAUGGACUCGAGGGGCGCCACGAGCUAUGUCUUCGCCUUUCCCAACCAUUGCAUCUGGUCUUACAACAAUCGAUACAUGAGUGAGGGUCAUUACCGAGUCUACAAGACCUACCAGUUGGAGGCGUUCUUUUUCGGCCAGUAUCACGAACGCAUGAAGCGGUACGAGACCGAUCCGCACUCCUACGACUUCAACCUUAAAUAAAUAGUAAAUUCUA